AUGGAUGAGAUCGCACCUGAAUAUGAUGUGGUGGUGCUCGGCACUGGCCUGACCGAGUGUGUGUUGUCUGGAGUCCUGAGUGUGAAGGGUAACAAGGUCCUGCACAUUGAUCGUAAUGACCACUACGGAGGCGAGGCGGCCUCGGUCAACAUCGAAACUCUCUUCAAGAAGUACGGCAAUGUCCCCGCGGGCGAGGAACCCUGGAAGAAAUAUGGAAGAGUGAACGACUGGAACAUCGAUCUGGUUCCCAAGCUGUUGAUGGCAAACGGUGAACUCACAAACAUCUUGGUCUCGACCGAUGUCACAAGAUAUCUCGAAUUCAAGCAGAUUGCAGGCAGCUAUGUCCAACAGGGCAAGGGUUCCAAGGCGACCGUGGCCAAGGUGCCUUCCGAUGCCGGUGAAGCUCUGCGAUCGUCUCUGAUGGGCUUGUUCGAGAAGCGUCGGGCCAAGAAGUUCCUGGAAUGGGUUGGCGAGUUCAAUCUGGAGAAUCCGGCGACUCAUCAAGGCAUGUUCCGUCUCAGCAUCUCCAGCUGCACCAUGAAGGAGGUGUACGACAAGUUCGGACUUGAGGACAACACGCGUGAUUUCGUUGGACACUCCAUGGCUCUCUGGCCCUCGGACGAGUAUGUCAACAAGCCCGGCGCCGCCGUGGAGACCAUCGACCGUAUUCGUCUCUAUGUCAACUCCAUGGCCCGCUACGGCAAGUCGCCGUACAUCUAUCCUCUGUACGGCCUGGGUGAGCUGCCCCAGGGCUUUGCUCGUCUGUCGGCGAUCUACGGUGGCACUUACAUGCUGAACACCGACGUCGACGAGGUUCUGUAUGAUGAGGCUGGCAAGGUCUCCGGUAUCAAGGCCACGAUGAAGGAUCGCGAUGAUCAGGCUGCGGCCAUGAAGUUUGAGACCAAGACCAAGAAGAUCAUCGCCGAUCCUUCCUACUUCCCUAACAAGGUCAAGGUGUCUGGAUAUCUGCUCAAGGCGAUCUGUAUUCUGAAGCACCCCGUCGACAAGACCGACGGCAGCGACUCCUUGCAGUUGAUUAUUCCUCAAUCUCAGAUCGGCCGCAAGCACGACAUCUACAUCGCCGUCGUCUCGUCUGCCCACAACGUCUGCCCCAAGGGGUAUUAUAUCGCCAUUGUCUCCACCAUUGCUGAGAACGACGCCAACCACCAUCUCGAGCUUGAGCCUGGAUUUGAGCGUCUCGGCGCCAUUGAGGAGAAGUUCAUGGGACCACCCAUUCCGAUCUACGAACCUCUGGAGAGCGGCGAGAAGGAUAACAUUUUCAUUUCCAAGAGCUACGACUCAACAUCCCACUUUGAGACUACCACCAAUGAUAUCCGGGAUCUGUACCGUCGUGCCGCGGGUGAGGAGCUCAAGGUGGAAGGUCUUCGUGAGGGGCAACAGCUUGCCCAGGAGUAA